GCCUGAGAUCUUCUGCAUUCAUUGCAUUGUGUUCUAUCCAGAUUGUCGAGCUACAAACGUCUUUCACCCAUAGUUGCUCAUUAACUCCUUUGGUGUGUUCUGUCUACUAUAAUAAUACUCACUAGACUACUCGUCUCGUUCUCGCCAAUCAGUAAGGCUUCGUUUAUGGUACUUUAAUCGGAUUACCCCUUCCAAUAUUGCUUCCUUUACGAUAGGGCGUAUUGCUCGCAUAACACUUCUCCAGAGGCCGAUAUCGUCGCAGCAAGUACAUAUACAGUUCUCGAAACUCUGUAGAAUACAACAUAGAAGCAUGACUCGCACGACUCGCAACUCCGCAGCAGCAGCAGGAGGCAUCAAUUCGAUAUUGAAGACUGAGCCGCAGCAGCUUUCAAGUCCACCUCCUACGCCUGUGCCAGCCAAUCGUAACACUAGAAAAGCUACCCCUGGAUCAAGGAGAACCGCCAAACACACAAGCGAAGAACAAGUAUCGACCACUGUAUCACCGCCAAGGAGCACAAAGAAGAGAACUCGCGGCGAUGUGAAAUCAGAGGAAGACGACGAGCUUCCGCAUAACCUUGGCAAGUCUCUAGAUACCAAGCAGAACGUCGCCUCUCCAGCGAAGAAAUCAAGGUCACGCAAACAGGUCAAACUCGAGGCAUCUGACGUUGCUGAUGCCAAAGAACUUGUCAACAGUGUGGUCGUGAAAACAGAGGAAAAGGGGUCGCCCUCGAAGAAAGCCAAGAAGCCCAAGGACACCACCUACGGACUCACUCCUGGCGAAACACCCUUUCCCGAUUGGCCACACCCCACACCAGAGGAGUGUCACGAGGUGAAUGAUGUCCUGUCAAAACUACACGGAGCUGUGAAAGCCCCGAAGACUAUACCGAACCCCUCCCUGACCGUUUCCGGCUGCGGCGAAGUGCCGUCUGUGCUCGAUGCACUCAUCCGUACUCGGCUGUCAGCCGCGACAUCCGGCACGAACUCAUCCCGUGCCUUCCAGGGCCUCGUCCAACGCUUUGGCACCAUCAAAGAAGGCAUCGGCAAAGGCAGCGUCAACUGGGACGCCGUCCGACGAGCAGACGUCAAAGAAGUCUUCGAAGCCAUCAAAAGCGGCGGACUCGCACAAGUCAAAAGCAAAGACAUCAAGGAAAUCCUACAACAAGUCUACGAAGAAAACCAAGCCAGGCGCGCCGCAUUGCUUAACCCAAAUGCCGAUCCCGCCGGCGCAUCCAAGGAAUCCGCCGACGAGAAGGACCGCGAAGUCGCUCUCGCCGAAGCCUCAGUCAUCUCACUAGACCAUCUCCACCUCCUCCCCGACAAAGAGGCCUUCGACAAACUCGUCAAGUACCCCGGCAUCGGCCCAAAGACCGCCUCCUGCGUCCUGCUCUUCUGCCUCCAGCGGCCCUCCUUCGCCGUCGACACGCACGUCUUCCGUCUCUGCUCCUGGCUCGGUUGGGUCCCCCCAAACGCCACAAGAAACACCGCGUAUGCGCACUGCGACGUCCGCAUCCCCGACGAGCUCAAGUACGCCUUGCAUCAGCUCCUGAUUCGUCAUGGGAAGAGCUGUCCGAGGUGCAGAGCGAAUACGAGCGAGACGUAUCGCGGGUGGGAGGAUGGCUGUGUCAUUGAUCAUCUGGUUAAGCGGACUGGGGUGCGGAAAGGUGGGGUCGAGGCUGGAAGCCCGAAUAAGAAGAAGACCAAGAAGACGAAAGGGAAGAUGGAGAGUGAUGAAGAGGACGAAGGGAGCGAUGAUUCUCUUAGCGAGCUCAGCGACCUUGGCAGCGACAGCGACAGCGACUAGAAGCUGACGCUUGAAACUCGAAUGUUCGGGCUUAGAAGAACAUCAUAUACGUCCGAGAGACGUUCCGUCACUUUCUCAGCCAUGUAUUAAAAUAAUCAUUGGUACUGUAUGCAACUCACUGUUAUCAUCUAGUAUAUAGCUUCAGGCAAUGCCUUGCGAGUGUAUCACACUGUACUGUAUCAUUAUUAGGAGCUCUCGUUUCGAUAGUCUGUCAGCGGUCACGGUUGACGUACCAGACUAAUGUAUCUCAACAACGGCGAGGGGUGCUUUUCCGCAACUAUUAAA